AAUGGCUCGGGAUUGGUGAUUGACGGCUGGAGCUUCCAUUCGGUAAAAUGGGGCUGAGAGGCCGCCGGGGAGAAUGAAGCAGAGCGCAGACACGGCCAAGUCCGGGACCUUCACUUGCUGCAGUUCCAGCAGCAAAGUCUUGGAAACGGCGCAGAGCGUUGUGCGUUUCUUCAACGGGUGAUCAUGUUCUGUGCGUAACUAACAUUAAUGUCAUUGUUUGUCCAACCAAGACUUGACUCAACUGGGAGGAGACUUGAUUCAUCCAGGAGCAAAAGCAGAGUGAAUUUAGACCCGUUCCGUGUGAGGGAAUUAUCCAGGGAUGUCUGUGAACGCUGGUCUCGGCCGCCGGAUCAAUCAUUUCUCCUUUUCCUCCUCUACUCUCCUCUCCGUCUGCGGCUGCCAUGCUGAAUAAUGUAAGAGCUGUGAGAACUCGGACUUAAUAUGAAUUAUUGCUUGAUAUAACAAGAAACGGAGGGGAAGUAUUUCAGUGUUUUGAGAUUCUUGAGUGUGGCCGAGGCCGAUGCCGAGUGCUGUGUCCACGAGCCAUGCAGCAGCCUUAUGAUUUCUUCAGUGAGGAGAACAGUCCGAAAUGGCGGGGGCUGUUUGUACCAGCUUUACGCAAGGUUCAAAGGCAGGUGCAUCCAACCCUCUCAGCAAAAGAAGAUGCCCUCUUUUACAUAGAAGAAUUGAUUCUCCAGUUAUUAAAUAUGCUCUGUGUUGCACAACCGCGGACUGUUCAAGAUGUGGAGGAACGUGUUCAGAAAACUUUCCCACACCCAAUUGACAAAUGGGCUAUUGCUGAUGCACAGUCUGCUAUUGAGAAACGCAGACGGAGGAAUCCUCUUCUUCUACCAGUGGAUAAAAUACAUCCUAUAUUAAAGGAUGUGUUAGGUUAUAAAGCAGAUUAUCAGGUUUCCCUUUACAUUGUGGCUGUGCUGGAGUAUAUUUCAGCUGACAUUCUAAAGCUGGCUGGAAACUAUGUGGGCAAUAUCCGACACUAUGAAAUUUCACAGCAGGACAUUAAAGUGUCCAUGUGUGCAGAUAAGGUCCUAAUGGACAUGUUUGAUCAAGAUGAUAUUGGUCUGUCUUCAUUGGGAGAUGAUGGACCACAUGCCACAGGUGAACAGAAUUACAAUGACCUGGUGAAAGCUGAAAUUGCAGAGGAAAGGCAAUAUCUACGGGAAUUGAACCUGAUUUUAAAAGUCUUUAGAGAGCCAUUUAUAUCUAACAACAAGCUGUUUACUGCUCGCGACAUUGAAAUAAUCUUCAGUAACAUCUUAGAUAUUCAUGAACUGACUGUGAAGAUACUUGGAUUAAUGGAGGAUACUGUUGAGAUGACAGAUGAAAGCAGCCCUCAUCCAUUUGUUGGCAGCUACUUUGAAGAUCUGGCAGAGGAACAAGUAUUUGACCCAUAUGAAGUGUGUGCACAAGACAUUCUUUCACCACAGUUUCAUGAGCAUUUCAACAGUUUGAUGUCAAGGUUACCAGUAGCCUUUUACUUUCAGUCUAUUGCUGAAGGAUUCAAAGAAGCUGUUCAGUAUGUACUUCCACAACUACUUUUAGUCCCAAUUUAUCAUUGUUUGUAUUACUUCGAACUGUUGCAGCAACUACAGGAGCAAAGUGAAGAUGAAGAAGACAGGGAGUGUUUGAAACAAGCCAUUACUACAUUGCUGAACCUUCAGUGCAGUAUGGAACGUAUCUGCAAUAAGCACUUACCUAAACGCAGGGCAGGUGAACCUUUGCCUCGCCUCUACAACCAUCAGAUAAGAAGCAAACACCUUGCCAUCAAGAAAAUGAACGAAAUCCAGAAAAACAUUGAUGGGUGGGAGGGGAAAGAUAUUGGACAGUGCUGCAAUGAAUUUAUAAUGGAAGGAACACUAACACGAGUUGGAGCGAAGCAUGAGCGACACAUUUUCCUUUUUGAUGGUUUAAUGAUCAGUUGUAGGACCAAUCAUGGACAGUCCAGGCUCCCAGGUUAUAGCAAUGUUGAAUACAGACUUAAAGAAAAAUUUCUAAUGCGCAAAGUGCAAAUCAUUGACAAAGAUGACUCUUGUGAAUACAAGCAUGCAUUUGAAAUCCUCUCCAAGGAUGAGAACAGUAUAAUUUUUGCUGCCAAAUCUGCAGAAGAUAAAAACAACUGGAUGGCAGCUUUAAUUUCACUUCAGUAUCGGAGUACACUGGAACGAAUGUUGGACACAGUUCUUUUACAUGAGGAGAAGGAGCAGCCAUUGAGACUGCCCAGUCCAAAUGUCUAUAACUUUGCAGAAGAAGAUUCUGAAGAGAACAUAGUUUUUGAAGAAAAUGUACAAGCUAAAUCUGGAAUACCGAUCAUAAAAGGAGGAACUGUACUAAAAUUAAUUGAGAGACUGACAUACCACAUGUAUGCAGAUCCUAAUUUUGUGCGCACUUUUCUGACAACAUAUCGUUCAUUCUGCAAGCCUCAAGAGUUGCUGAGCUUGUUAAUAGAAAGGUUUGAAAUACCUGAUCCAGAACCCACUGAGGCAGAUAGGCUUGCCAGAGAGAAGGGUGAACAGCCAAUCAGUGCAGAAUUGAAACGGUUUCGUAAGGAGUAUAUCCAGCCAGUGCAACUCAGGGUGCUAAAUGUUUUUCGACAUUGGGUAGAACAUCAUUUCUAUGACUUUGAGAGAGAUAAUAUGCUACUUAAUAGGUUGGAAGCAUUUAUUUCAAGUGUGAGAGGGAAAGCCAUGAAAAAAUGGGUAGAGUCUAUUACAAAAAUUAUUAAUCGCAAGAGACAAACUCAAGUAAAUGGAAUCAGCCAUGCUAUUACCUUUCCAGACCCACCACCUCAAAUUGAAUGGCAUAUUAGUCGACCUGGACAAAUUGACACAUUUGAUCUUAUGACUCUUCAUCCAAUUGAAAUAGCACGGCAACUUACACUUUUAGAAUCUGACCUUUACAGGGCUGUUCAGCCAUCUGAACUUGUAGGAAGUGUCUGGACGAAAGAAAACAAAGAGCUAAAUUCUCCAAAUUUGCUGAAAAUGAUUCGCCAUACAACAAACCUCACUCUGUGGUUUGAAAAGUGUAUUGUGGAAGCAGAAAAUUUUGAGGAGAGAGUGGCCGUUUUAAGUCGAGUUAUAGAGAUCUUGCAGGUUUUUCAGGAGCUCAACAAUUUUAAUGGUGUGCUGGAGAUUGUCAGCACAGUAAACUCUGUGCCAGUUUAUAGGCUGGAUCAUACUUUUGAGGCAUUGCCUGAGAGAAAGAAAAAAGUUUUAGAAGAAGCAGUGGACCUAAGUCAAGACCACUUCAAGAAGUACCUAGCUAAACUUAAGUCAAUAAAUCCACCUUGUGUGCCUUUCUUUGGUAUUUAUUUGACAAAUAUUCUCAAGACUGAAGUAGGGAACCCAGAUUUUCUAAAAAGAUGUGGGAAAGAACUAAUAAACUUUAGCAAACGAAGAAAAGUAGCUGAAAUCACAGGAGAAAUCCAACAGUAUCAAAAUCAGCCCUACUGCCUACAAGUGGAAACUGAUAUAAAGAAAUUUUUUGAAAAUCUGAAUCCAAUGGAAAAUAGGAAUGAAAAGGAGUUUACAGACUAUUUGUUCAACAAAUCCUUGUCAAUCGAACCACGAAACUGCAAACAACCACCACGUUUUCCAAGAAAAGCUUCAUAUUCCUUAAAAUCUCCUGGAAUAAGACCUAAUCCCACGAGACAUACCUCUACCUCUGGAACCUUAAAGAAUCCCACACAGGAGCCAUACAAGAUCAGCUUCAGUAGAAUUCCAGAAACUGAGAGCGAAUCAACAGUGUCUGUUCCAAACUCCCCAAAUACACCAUCAACCCCACCUGUAUCUGCUUCUGAGCUCAGUGUUUUUGAUGGGGACUUUUCCAGCUCUAGCAGUAACUCAAGUUCAAUCUGCUCCACAAUCUUUGCUCCUGUUCACAUUGCUGCCGGUGGUAACAGCAUUUUUGCACCGGUCUUGCUGCCACCAUCAAAACCUCACUCAAUUUCAAGUUAUCAUCGAUCAAGUGAAGACUCAUCUACUCCGCCACCUCUUCCUCAGCGAAGGAAGCCUGGUAUAGACUUGGUAAAUUCUAAGACAGCUUCAAAUAUGCCAGAUAGCCCUCCUGCUAUUCCACCCCGGUUACCUAGGAUUCCUGGAUUAUAUAUUUCCUCAGAUGGGCUACUACACAGUCCGCCUCCACCUCCUCCAAGGGAUCCACUGCCUGAUACACCUCCACCUAUACCAAUAAGGCCUCCUGAGAUCUUCAUGAAUGAUCCUUUUCAUCUUCAGCCAGCACCAAAGAGCCACCUUCAUCGGGAUCAAGAUUGGUACAGAGAAUCCAGCACAAACCUCAGUUCCCCCAGUACUCCUCCUCCAACACCUUCUCCCAGGGUUAUACGGCGUUGUUCAAACCACAUUAACCCUAUUUACUCUUCUGCUCCACCUAUACCUCCCAGACAGAACUCCAAUCCACAACUGCCAAAACUUCCACCAAAGACUUACAAACGGGAAAUAUCACAUCCUUCUUUGCACAGAGGUGGACUGCCAUUGCUGGAAAAUGCAGAAAUUCCUCACUGACACUAAAUUUUAAAGCACUGUGGGAAAUCAGGCAUCUGUAUUAAGGCACUGGGGCAAGAAAAUGUAUUGCUGUUUUUAACCUUUUUUGAUGUCUUGUUAGUAACUGUACACUCAAGAAAAUUGUGCAGUUGAGAAAUUGGUAUUGGAGUAAAGCCGAAUCUUCAUGUUUCUUUCAUUCAGAUUACAGAAUAGUUCAUUGCUGUGAUCUCCUCUCAGGUGAUCAGCAGCAUUUUCUUUCCUCAGACUUGCAGUGCCAACAUAAUUACCUUGAAGUGUAACACAAGUUUGCAUUUGCACUGUACAAAUGAAUUAAAUUAUUUGAACUAAUCAUUGCACUGAGCCAACGAGAUAAAUCCUUGAGAGAUAUUUGAGCUCUAGUGGCCUUGUUAAAUGAUGGAAUUUUGCAGACAUCAGGAAGGUUAUUAUAAUGUUGAUCCUGUGUGACUAUUCAUUUGUUGGAAUGAGCUUUACAGGGGUUUUACUGAUACAUUAAAUAUUUGAUGCAGAUCGCCUAAGGACUGAAACUUUAUGAAAUAUGACGCUUUUUACAAAUUGUGUUUCUCUAUUCAAGUUGUAUUGGUUGGCUGCUGAAAAUUUUAGAGAAGAAAUUAUAACACUAAUUUGGAAUUUUUGAAUGGGUAAAGCUGUCUAACCUGCACUAGUAUGUAGGAGGCUAGUCAGUUUGUGAAAAGCAAGCAUUGAUAACUAAAGGUCAGAAUUUCUUUCACAUUGUUGUAAGCAUGCAUAUUUUUUCAGAUGUGCCUUUUGAUUUCAUUUGUAAAUAAGAUUAUCUUCAAAUUAACAAGUCACCUAAGCGCUCAAAACAAGAAGAAAUGAAAUGACAUGAAUGUACAGUUUUGUUUUUACUGUAUACAUACGAAUAAUGACAGUUGUUUUGUAUAAACUGAACUGAAUAACAUGGACUGUCUGCUACCUUUAUGUCAAGUCAGAAUCUUAACUGCUGUGGAUCAAGAACAAACAGAAAAAUCCUUCUGAUGCAAAUCUCAGUGCUAAACUGGCUCUGCUGUAGCAUUUUGUUAAAUCUUCUAUAGACUUCUUUCAGUAUUGUAUUUCAACCAACAUAAACUUCAAAGCUUUACUAAAAAAAUUAAAUAUAGCUAUGACCUAAAAUUGCCUACUUGCCAUUAUAACUGGUGGUGUAUGAAAAGGUGAAGGAAUUUGUUGUUUACCAGUAGUGUUGUAGCUGCUUUUCUGAAGUGACAGUUAUGAUGGAGUUUUCACUUAAUGUUAUGUGGCCUUUCGAAUGUACUUUGUAUCUGUGUCCUUCAUAAGAUCAAUAAAUUACCCAGUCUUAAUUUUUA